AUAUCGUUCACAUAGUAUAUGUUGGCGAAGCUAUUGUUGUAGUAAGUCCAAACAACUGAACUUGCAAAGUACGACAGAAGCUCUCAGUUUGAAAUUAAGAUGAGAUUACGUGUUGUCGUACAACAAAUUAUUCUGACGCCAUUCUGUCUUCAUUCUACUCUGGUGCGUUUUUAAGAUUGGUCUUAUCAUAUAUUAUUCUAUAGAUUCGAUUGUAAAACCGAUUCACCAGAACUUAUCGAUCCUUGCUUCAAAGAACGCCUAUGAUCACGGUCUUAAAUAAUCCAUAUUGUUAAGGCCAUUUCGUACGUUGGCUGUAAUGUAAAUCACUUUAUUCGGUGGCUUUUGUUUGUGGCCAUCCUAAAGGUUGAUUAAAUUUCUAUGAAGUUGAAAAGUGCACCUCACAUUAAGUGCGAAGCAUUCGAAAUUCUUUAGCAACAGAAAAAGUCUAAUUUCUUCAUAGGAAUGAGCAGACCGACUAGCUGAAACGCCACUCAUUCUUCAUAAAAAGUUCUUUUGAACUGCCAUUCACGUGCCCAUCGUUACACAUCUACUUUGCCAAAUGGACAAUUUUCUUACCAACACGCUGUUAGUUUUACUUAAGAAGUGUGUUAAAAAAUUUACCUGGAAAGAGACGAAAAAAAUAAGAGUUAUCAAAAUCUUUUUACUGUCUGAAGAGAAUAUGCCGAAUAAGUGCAUUUAUAUAAAAGUUAGAUGAAGUCUCGCCCUAGUGGCAUUGUUUGUAUAUUUUACGAUUAACAUUGGGAUGAAGAACUAUUUGCUUUUACCCAAAAUUAUACUUUUUGUCGGGCGUUAGUCAGUUAAAUCUAAUAUCCGCCUGUAUCAAGUUAUUAAUUAACAAUACAUAUGAAAUUCAACCUCAGGGAUACUACUCGUCCUUGAAUAUAUAAAGUUCCAACAACACUUUAAGUCUUGAUUUCAUAUGAUUUUUUCCAUUUGACAUCUUUUUCGCCGUGAAACCCAUUGUUACUCUAUAUAAAUUUAGUUUGUGGUGAAUUUUAAGACAAUAAGUAACGUUUAUCUGUACCCACACUUAAUAAGCAUAAUCUCUUAAUAUCCUAUGUAUGCCAAUUAGCAAGUUGGUAUAAGUUAAUUUUGAAGCUUAACUUUAAAAUAACCCAUUCACCGAUUGCUCUGGUACCAGUCACGAUCUAAUUGUGAGGACCAAUAAAAUCACUUGGCUGCCAAAGCUGAAGUGGACGGAGAAAUGUAUAAACCUUAAUCAUUAAGUUACCGUCCCAUAUAACUUAGUUAUUAUCUGCUAAGAAUAUCUUAAAAUUGUAGCAAUUUUGAUACAUUAGAGUUGUCUAUUCUGUUGGGAUUUAUAAAUAGAUUGGAUAUGCCAACUACCUCAUUUUGAUCAUGUUUUACUGAUUGUGAAUGCUCUAUAAACAAACGUUAUAUCACGUGUUGGAUUGUUUUACACUGCCACCAUUGUGGGAUAUAGCCAAAUGUAAGUCAAUCAAAGUAUGGAAGAAAUCGAUAGAUCUACUGAUUUGUGGUUAGAUACUUGAGUUGGAGCUCGGCGUCUGAAUAUUUGGGGUGAAAAGAUGUAAAACAAAAACCACAGAAAAUUUUGUGAAUGAUGUUUUCAAGAAUAUGAAUCCUUUAUUAUUCUUUGCUUUUUGUUCCAUAUCACAUAAUUAACUUCCUCUUUUUAUUAAACUCCUUUGGUUACCGCCGUUGUCUGUUGUUCUCGGGUUUCUUGGUGCUCGGUGAUUCGGACCAAGAAUCUUUGUGCAAGUUUCUAUCAUGUUGCCUUGUUUAUUUGAAUAAAUGAGCUUAAACGACAAUGAAAAGUCAGCUUACUAAAAGUAUCUGGAAGUGACUGUACGACUGUAAGGUAGUAAUGUGACUUUAUGUUCGAGAAUAAAAGUCAUAUUUUUCACAUCUUUAAAUUUAUUUAGGUUGUUACCUAGAAUUGUAUGAGGUUAAAAUUAGCCAUAGUUUGUUUUCGAUAUCUUGUACUUCAACAUUGACUACUAAGAAUGUUUCAUCUGGGAUGUUAAUGAUUCUUAUUGAGCUGAUAUCAAAACUAAUGACAAAAAGUCUGACAUUUCAUUCUACUUUCUUGGCUUUCGGUCUAUCUAUUUAAAAAUACGUAGCUAGCAUAUUUUGGAACUCUUCAUCAUCUAAUUUAAUUUGGAUGAGCGUCGUUGACGCACAUGAAGUAUAAAAACCCUUUCCAUUCGUAUUGUUCUCUGUUCAAAACUUAAAAAUAGGUUUUUAUUAGUCGUUUGUGCUUGAAAUAAAAGUAAAUAGAUACUGAAAGUAGUUUACUUAAAGCUUCUGUUAUAAUAUUUAGGGAAACUUUUCCCUUAAUAACCACAAUUUUAGUUAACAGCCUUUCAAGAAUAGUUGGAGUGGGUUCUCGAAGUAGUAUUCAAAUUAUAAUAACUAUGAAAGUUCUACAUCCUAUUUCUACCUGACACUGUAUCACUAGGACGUGGUCAAGCACAACCUUACUAUAGUUAAAGUAAUUAUCGAAUAGCUCUGACAAAGCAUAUGAUAUCCAUUAGGUUAAAGUAGCUUAAUUAUGGAUUUAUUAGGUAACGGAUGGUUAUAAGUUCUGUUAUCAAAACUCAUUUUGGUAAACAGAACGUUUACCUAAAUAUAGUCUGCCCAUUUUCGAACGUUUCCAUCAAACUCACGUUUAUUUAUUCAGAUUACAGAGCCAAUUAUAUCCCUAAACUCAUGGGAAAAAGAAAUGUUUUCGUAAUUGGAAGCUAUUAUGGAAGAGGAUUUGAGUCUAUCUCAUAGCUGCACACCACCCGAACCACCAGUUCGAUCUUCCAGCACUAUGCAUCGACAUCCCUUGAAGGUUGCACCCAAAAAACCACUCCCAGAUCUGCCAAAGAAAGCUGGAAGAAGCAGAAUUAGAUUAUUCAGGUUACCUAAGCUGACUAGUGAUCCGAAAAUUUCUUCUCCGUUAUGCGUUAGUCAUGAACUACACGUGGUGUAUGAUGAAAAUACCGGAGAAUUCAGAGGAAUGCCUGAGGAGUGGUUGGAAUGGUUACAUGCCGCUAAUAUAUCAUUUCAAGAGCGUGAGCAAAACCCAGAGCUCGUUAUCGAAGUUUUGCAGUGUUACGAUACGGCUAAACAUCGGGCUAGGAGACAAAAGUUUAUUAUGACGGAAGAACAUUGCUGGGAAAAUUUUGAAAAUACCACUUCAUGUGUAUGCCAUCAGUUUAUAAAUAAUGAAGUUUCUGCUAAUCACAGAUGUAGAAACUUUCAACAUAAUUCAACUGAUUCAACUUCUUCAAAUGCAAUAUCUGGGGAUUCACCAUGUUCUGAUCUUUCUAUUCCUAAUUCAUGUCAAUUUUCUUGUAAGUCAACAACAAAAGAUAUUCCACCAACAGCACUACGACGACCACCACCUGUUCCACCUCAUUAUUCCGUUACUCAUCGACAGGAUGGAGACAAGAAUUUAGAGAUAGAUAAAAAUAAUAAUGAAGUUCUAACUACUGAACGAACAAAAUCUGACUCGCAUUUGGAACAGAAAUCGCUAUCUGGAAAUGAUAUUUGUUUUGUCGAUGCUAAUGUAGAUUCGGAACAUGAAUCAAUAUCCUUUCAGAUUUUAAAUCUUCACCACCGUUUUAAGGCUUCAAAUGAAUGUAUUGACUGUGAAUCCAUCCGCAGUUAUUCCAAUAUAUUUUACAGCUCAUUACCAUUAGAUGAAACAAAAGAGAUAGAAAAACUAGAUCGAAAGGAAUCAGCUUUUCAAAUAAUUGAUCAUGCUAAUGACAAUGAUGAAAAAUCUGAUAAGAAAAGCACAUGUGAAACAGAUUUGUGCACAGAGCAGACAUUCAAUAAUGCUUUGCUUGGAAGUAGUCUUAAUGAAACAAAUAGAUUCAUAAUCGAGGAGGAGCCCUACGGUGUGGAAGAAAUCGAGGUUUACGAAUCAGAAAAAGUGUCUGAUAUUAUCUCUACUAAUAGGACAUGUCAGCCUGUCACUGAGAUGGAGAUUAGUUCACAAAAUCAUUUAUCUUUAAUAAAUUCGACUAAUUGGCAAAUAUUUUGUUGUAUUAGCGAAGCGGCAUUUACGUCAAAUAUCACAGAUUCAUCAUCAACUGGUCUGCAGAUUUGCUUGGCUCAACCAGAAUUGGAUGAAGAUACUCAUCUAACUGAAUCAAUACAAGCUGAUCAAAAUGAAUCACAUACUUCCGAAGCUACCCAAAAGCCUAUAUUUCCUGAUAACAGUUCAAAUGUUUCACAAUCAACUUCAUCCGUUGAACUGAAAAGCAUAUCUGAAAUGUUAUCAAAUGACGAAAACAUAACCACUACCUCUGAACUCCAAUCGGAAUCAGUUGGUCCACAAAGAGGCCGUACUGUUACAAGAUGCAAUGUUGUCCAAAGUAGAACAAAGCGCUCUGCAGUUCACUCAGGAAGACAGUCAGCAGCGAGCUUGAAAAACUCUCCUAAACUUCUGGCUAUCAACAGAAACCUGGAACCCGCAAUUACUCCCAGUGACACAAGUUCUCCAGAUGAUGGGACCGGAUUUCAAAACCCCAAUCCCCCAGUUUGUCUAGUUUCUCGGCAUUCCCCAAGUUGCCGUAGCAGAAUUCGUAUGCGUGAUGAACAAAUUAUUGCUAGGUUAAGGACAAUUGUUAGUCGAGGCAAACCUUCAGAAAAAUAUGAAACCCUUGGACGUAUUGGUCAUGGAGCUUCGGGUGUUGUUUAUAUCGGUCGAGAACUUCAGUCUGGAUGUCGUGUAGCUAUUAAACAGAUGAGUCUACGACAACAACCUAGAAAAGAAUUAAUCCUCAACGAAAUUUUGGUUAUGAGAACAUAUCGAAAUCCAAAUGUAGUCAAUUACUUAGAUAGUUAUUUACUAGGAGAUGAAUUGUGGGUCGUAAUGGAAUAUUUAGAUGGUGGUUCAUUAACUGAUGUCAUUACAGAAACAUGUAUGAGUGAAUCACAUAUUGCUACAGUUUGUCGUGAAACUUUACAAGCUUUAAAAUUUUUGCAUAGCAAACAUGUAAUACAUCGUGAUAUAAAGUCUGAUAAUAUACUCUUAGGGUUAGAUGGUUCUGUAAAAUUAACAGAUUUUGGAUUUUGUGCACAAUUAUCUGCUAAAAAUGAUGAUUUUAAACGAACUACAAUGGUUGGUACACCUUAUUGGAUGGCACCUGAAGUAGUUAGCAGAAAACAAUAUGGUCAUAAAAUUGAUAUUUGGUCAUUAGGUAUAAUGACAUUGGAAAUGUUAGAAGGUGAACCACCUUAUUUAAGUGAAAAUCCUUUAAAAGCAUUAUAUUUAAUAGCAACUAAUGGUAAACCAGAUUUUCGUAAAGAUAAUCUUAGUCCGGAAUUAUUAAACUUUCUUGACAGAUGUUUAGAAGUGGAUGCUCAAUCUCGUGCUAACGCAUCUGAACUAAUUGAACACCCGUUCAUACAACAGAAUGCUCGCCCAGUGAUAACUUUGAUUCCACUCAUUCUAUUAGCAAGAGAACAAGCUCGUUCUGUUACAGAAUCAUAAAUCAUUGAGCCUAUUAAAUUGUGUAAAUCUAUAAUCCUGGUUCAACGUUUGUGUAUAAAAAAGGUUACAGAAUACUUUGCUGUAUUUUUUUUAAAAAAACCACUGCUUGUACGUAUAGAUUGCAUUUUCAGUUUUAAAUAAAAUGUUCAAGAAAUUUUCUCACUUUAUGAGUGAUAUCACUGCUCCCACUAUUUUACAUUUCGGUUAUUGUAAAGAUUGACUUCUGUUUUGCUUCAUAAUUUAUCAUAAUGCCAAUAAUAAACGAGCUGCGCUUCUAAUAUUUUUUUAGUAUCUUAUACGCUAUAUAGCUAGAGUUCCUGGAUUUAUUUGUUUGAUUAUACUAAAAGAUAAUGACGAACACUGGAUUUUUAUAUUGUAUAUUUGACUGUUGUUACAUUACUGCUUUUGUGAUCAAUCUAAGAAAACAAAAACACUUGUAACCGAUUACCGUAUUUUUUUAAUAUGAAAACAAAUGUUUUUUUCUUAAAUAUUACCUUGCACUAAUAACACUUAUUUAACUGUAAGAGAAAGAAUGAAUUAAAACAAAAAUUGCCUUAUAAAGACACAUUUAUUUAAUUCCAAUUUACUCAAACUAAUUUUAUAAGGUGGACUUUUAUUCACUAGACGACUAUUUAGUUAUUCCUUUGAUUUUUUUGUUAUUUUAAUUAAUGCUUCCCUUUGUGCAAUUUCCUCUGGAAACUUACAUCAAUGUGUAUGUCUUGUAUACAGACAAAAAUACAUUAAUUCAAUUUAGCAUAAUACAAAAACUGAAUGACAGUUGCCAGAAGUAACCAUUAUAUUUAUCAUUUUAUUAUUAUUCAUUCCAAACAGAAUAAUUAUUUCCAUGUAAUUUAAAAAGAUUUCAUUGUACAAUCGAAAUUGAUUUUAUCAGUUUCUGAAUACACGUUACAUAAACUACUAUUAUAAUUGUGUCAUUAAUAGUAAAAAUUGUAUUCUCUUUUUUUGCCAAUUAAAAUUCUCGCUUAGUGACUAUCCGUUAUAAUCACGUUUUAUAUAUGAUAGACAAUUUGUACGGUUUGAUUUUCAUUUCUAUGAAAUCAUCAGGAUGGGGAAAACAACUCUUAAUUUAUUGGCUUGUUAUUCAAGAAAUGCGAACGUUUAAUGAUAAGUUUAUCAAUAAUUACGGAGAAUCA